AUGACGGAAAUGUUUUCAACUCUCUUCGGGUCAAAUGAAGCUCAGGGACCACCCGGUUCUUCGUCUCUAGGGUUUGGACCAGGGAAGCCUCCGCCGCCUAUGCCGCAAAAUCAAGUCGCCAUGGCGGGUCAGAUGCCACCGCAGCUCGGGGAUGAGGGGCCUACUCUGAGGAAGCCUGGAGCCAUGAAUGAACCUUUCUACUUACUACGGGAGCUGCCUGUGGGAAACGAGUUAACGGGAAACACCAACUUGAUCACACACUACAACCUGGAGCACGCUUACAACAAGUUCUGUGGGAAGAAGGUGAAGGAGAAGCUCAGCAACUUUCUGCCAGAGUUACCAGGUAUGAUUGAUUGUCCGGGCACACAGGAUGGCAGCUCAUUGCGUUCUCUGAUUGAUAAGCCUCCAGUGUGUGGAAACUCCUUCAGCCCACUGACUGGCGCUCUGCUCACAGGCUUCAGACUACACACAGGGCCGCUCCCAGAACAGUACAGACUGAUGCACAUACAGCCUCCGAAGAAGAAGAGCAAACACAAGCACAAGCACCACCGACCGCAGGAUCCAUUACCACAAGAAACGCCAUCGGACUCUGAUCCCAAGAAGAAGAAGAAAAAGAGGGAUGAUGAUCCUGACCGCAAGAAAAAGAAGAAAGACAAGAAAAAGAAGAAGAACCGUCACAGUCCCGACCACCCUGGCCUCGCUGGAUCACAACCCAACAGCAACAGCCUCAGAUAGACAGCAGCCUACCGUGUGCAUGCCUGUGUUUGAAUGUGUGAGUUUUGUAAGAAGGGUGUGUGUGUAUUUUACAAGUAAUUGUAUUAUUAAGAGUAUGUUUAAAGAGAGAGAAAAAAAUGGCUGGAUGAGUGAGUGAGCGAGCUGUGACACAGACUUCAUGGAAAGUGUUGUGGAUGACGUGUGUGUGUGUCUCUCUUUAAUUAUGUUGUGAUAUCUUUUGACCAUAAUGCCAAAAUCAAAUAAACUUUGGUUACUA